AAACCAUUUUAGUUGUCGAAUGGUGAUUGAGACGUUUGGUUUUCAAUUGAAGUUCGCUAUAAAUUGAAGUUCGUUUGUCACAAAUCCGUCCCAAUAAAUCGAGUAAUAAAAAAUUGUUCUGUGUUUCACGACGAUAUGAGCAAAAUGUCGAUGAAUAUAAAUACCCAGCAAGUGGAGGAGUUGACAAGAUUUAUGGAGGACCAUCCCGAUCUUGCUCGGGGAAUUUUAUGCGGCGCAGAAGGGCGACACCAUGCCAACAAGCUAUGGAACAAUCUAACGAGAAAGCUGAACGAAAAAGGACCCCCUGUGCGAGAGGUUAAAGAUUGGAAAAAGGUUUGGGCUGAUUACAAAUACAAUGUAAAAAAUAAACUUCGUAAAAACAUCAGCAGUAUACGAAAAACUGGCGGCGGACCGAACCAAACUAAACAAUUGAAUCCUUUUGAAGAAAGCGUCGUCAGAUCAGCUGGAUUAGAGGCUGCCGUGCAGGGCGUCGAUGGAGGAAGAUCAUUUGGUACCAGUACCUCGUAUACAAAACUCCCAGAAUCAUUGGCAACUUUUGGCCCUUCAGAAGAAAUAGCUGAUGAAACUCAAUGGGUCCAGGAAGAAGAACAGGGUGACCUGCCAGGAGAUGAUGCGGCAACAGCAAAUUAUCAGCCACCACCGGCCAUCAUUUAUCAGAAUGAGACAUUUACUGGAGCACGCCGUCGAACGAAUUAUAAGGCAGAAAAGUUAAGCUUAUUCAAACGUUACGUUGAAGCUCUGGAAGAAGACAACAACAUGAAGAGAGAAUUGUUGGAGUUGAAGAAAAGAAAGUACGAUCUGAUUGUACGAUCCGAUGAUAGUUCCUUUUCUGAAGAGCAAAUUUAAAAAGCAUUUUCGAAAAUUAUAUUUGUUUCACUAGUUAUAAAGAAGCUUAAAAGACUAGUUUUCGAUUUAAACAAUAUUACAUGUUUUAAAUGUAUUUUAUUAAUUUACAUUAACAAUAUGUUUCAUGAAAAUAAAUCGGUAAAAUAUAACUGAUCAUAAAACA